CCAACUUUGCGCAACAGUUUGAUUUCGAGCCUCGUUUUGAAGCGACCAAUCAGCGAAGAGUGGAACGGCGCCAAUUUGAAAUAUAAUUUUUAGUUUACAUCAAACGUAUUUUUGUUGCUCUCAAUUUCUUUCAGUUGAAAUGGCAAUCCCAGUUAAAGUGGCAGUCCGUUGCCGACCAUUGAAUAACAAAGAAACCGACGAAGGUGGUCAGACAUGUGUGGAUUUUCCUUCCGAAGGAUCGUGCAUCUGUCUACGUAAAAAAAUAUUCGGUUUUAACUUUGUUUUCUCACCUGAAAUAUCUCAAAUAAUUUUAUAUGAGGAAGCUGUGAAGCCUUUAAUAAAUAAUCUAUUUUUAGGAUAUAAUGCAACUGUCCUUGCCUAUGGCCAAACGGGCAGCGGCAAGACCUAUACAAUGGGAGGUGCAUACACAGAUGAUACGCCUGAGGAAACUAGAGGAAUAAUACCAAGAGUUCUUAUCGAUAUUUUUGCAGAAUUCAAAACAAGAGAUAUGAAAGUCUCUGCAGGUGUUUCUUAUUUAGAGAUCUAUAAAGAAGAGAUCCAUGAUCUGCUUUCCGAGCAAAAAGACCAGUUGUGCAUCAGGGAAGAUUACAGCGGUGAUAUAAUGAUUCCUGGUCUAACAGAAGUGUCUGUUUCUGAUUUCACAUCUACAAUGGCUUGUCUGACAAAGGGAUCUACAGUGCGUUCAACUGGUUCAACAGCCAUGAAUGCUCAGUCAAGUCGAUCGCAUGCUAUCUUCACCAUUACUUUCACUAUCACUUCAAAGACAGACACUGUUGAUGUCCGGAAGGCUAAAUUUCACUUGGUGGACUUAGCUGGUUCUGAAAGAAUAAAGAAGACAAUGGCAGAAGGAGAUCGUCUCAAAGAAGGAAUCAAUAUCAAUAAAGGCCUUCUCUCUCUUGGAAAUGUCAUCAGUGCCCUUAGUCUUGAAGGUGGUAAACGAGGUCACGUACCUUAUAGGGAUUCCAAAUUGACUCGAAUAUUGCAAGAUUCUCUUGGAGGAAAUAGUUACACCCUGAUGAUUGCAUGUAUCAGUCCCGCUGAUGUGAAUUUGGAAGAAUCAGUGAAUACGUUGAGAUAUGCUGAGCGUGCAAGUCACAUUAAGAACAAGCCUUUGAUUAACCGAGACAAACGAGCAGCCGAGAUCCAGGAACUGAAACAGUGUGUGGAAACUCUGAAAGCAGAACUGAUUAGGGUCACCGGCAGUGGAAGCGAUCAUGAAGACUAUCAAUCAAUUGUGGAGAAACUGGAACUGAAGGCGAAAGAAAAUAGUAUUCUAAGUGAAGAAUUGAAAUUAGCAAUAGACAGAGAAACAGAUUUGCUGAACAAAGUCCUUGACACUGAAGCAUCCCGAGACACUUUCCAAGAAUGCUUAACUUCUAUCUUAAGCCAUCUUAAGGAUUUCCUGGAAGAUGAAUCAGUGAAAGAGGAAUUAGUAGAAGCAUAUACAAGUGUGAAAGAAAAGAUUGAUAAAGCAGAUUCAUCCCUGGAAAAUGUUGAAGACAGAAGUUUGGAGCAGCAAGACGGUGACAUAGACAAUACUUCACUAACACAGGAACAUGUUAUGCAGCAAGCAGCGUUGGGAAAAGAAUUAAAAGAAAUUAACGAGGUUCUUUAUAAAAAAAUGAAUCUCGUGCAGCAAAUGAAUAAGUCUGAAGAGAAUAUAGUAAUGCUAAAACAUCAAUAUCAAGCUUCAAUGGAUAAAUUGCAAUCAGAAAUAGAGAAUUUACAGAAAGAGAGAGACAUGCUGAAGACGGAACUUGAUACCAAGAGUAAAGCUGGAACUAUAAGUGAAAAGAGACGCCAAAAAAUGAAAAGUUUAGAGCAAGAAAUUGAUCGCCUAAAAUUAAAAAUGUCAGAAUUUGCUCGUCUUCAGAAAUUAAAAGAGAAUGCAGAUAAAAAAAUCAAAACCCUCGAUCAAGACAUACAGAUCCUGAAAACCAACCGAGUUAAUCUCAUAAAGAAAAUGAAGAAAGAAUCUGACGUUUACCGUAGUUGGAAAAUGAAAAAAGAUGUGGAAGUUAACAAGCUUCUACAGAAUGACCGAAAAAGACAAUUUGAAAUCCAAAAGCUACAAAGAGCUCAAGAAAAGCAGCAGGCCAUACUUAAAAGGAAAUCUGAAGAGGCUGCCGUUGCAAACAAACGAUUGAAAGAGGCUUUAAAGAAACAAGCUCUUGUCAGGAAUGAUCGUAACAAUAAUUUUGAAAGAUAUGACGCCAGUGCAAAUGCAACAAAAUUAAAGACACUAUUGGAACAAGAAUUGGAAGUGAAAGUUCGAGUCAAGGAAGCAAAAUACCACUUAAAGAAUUUGGUCGAAGACCGAAAAACUUUGUCUUUGGAGUUGAGGCGCUUGAAAAAUUCAGAUCCACCUACAAAGAAACAUAUAACAACUGAUGGUGAUGGCAGUCCAAAGGAGGUGAACAUUAGUAUCAAAAAGUUAACUGAUGAAAUUAAUGACAGAAAUGUUCAAAUUGCCACUCUUCAGUCAGAAAUCCAAGAGGCAGAAAAUGAUAAAUUCAAAGGAUGCGUUGAAACGAUCCGUAGCAUCAAUGAUUCUAAAGUUCUUUUGAACUUUUUGAUUGAGAAGAGUAUCAAAGAACGGAUUGAUCAUAAUAAUGACAAGUCUGCUGUAAAAGACCUUAAAAAUAAUUAUUUGGAAGCUGUCAAAGAGAAAGACUCAAGUGAAAUGAAAGCGAAAUCAUUACAGAAUCAGCAUGAAUCAAGUCUUGUGGACUUGCAGCAGAAAUAUGAAAGCAAGAUAUCGUUUUUACUAAAACAACUGAAAAAUGGGUCAGAGGAAGAAGAUAGCCCAGUGCCAAAAGGUGUACACGCAGCACGUAAUACCGUUUUUGUUCCUGACACUCCAGAUAUUUUAGAUAAUGACCCAGACUAUCACCCUGAUAGCUCCAUGGAAUUUGACACACCUUAUAUGAAAGUGACUAAGAAACAAGCAAAACCUUUGAAAAGUUGCAGGUGUUUACGCAGUAAAUGCAAAUCCAAAGUUUGCCCAUGUUUCAAGAAGACAGCGUUCUGUUUGCCUUCAUGUUCUUGUGCUAAUUGUGAAAAUAAGCCGACAUUUUUAUUUGACUCAUCCACCAGCGAUGUGGACAACGAAAAUGAAGACGACGAAAAUGAAGACAACUGAAGCGUGAAGAGGGUGUAUACCAUUCCUUUAACUCUAUCUGAUAGUUCUACUUAAGUUCUUUCAGCAGCAAACUUUGUCUAAGGGCAUAUUUGGCAACCCAACUGUGUGUAUAUGUAUAUAUAUAUAUAUAUAUGUGUGUGUGUGUAUGUAUACAUGCUAUGAUAUGCAUUUAUGUAUGUGUAUGAGUGUAAUGUAAGUAUGCAUAUGUA